CAGAGCUUUGGCCAAUAUUUGUGAGGAUUCUAGUGAAUGGGAAUGUUGGGUGUGGAUUAAUUUAGUGAAGUGAAGUGAUCCUGCUGCACAUGGCUUGUUACUUCUCAAACACUCUCUCUUCUGGUUCUGGAUGGACGAGAAGCCCUUAUAGCUUGUUUGGGUGGAAUAUAGGCAAGCCAAAACUUGAUGAAGAUCCAAGGCCACAGAUCAAGUACCAUGAUACUACUGAUCUUCCAUUUCCACCUUCUCUUCUGGACAAAACAUUCUUAAGAGGUAGGGAACUCAAAUGUUGCUAUAAGGCCACCAUUGAUGGAUUUAGUGCAGCUGAUUUCCAUAACUGUUGUGACUUCAAGGGGCCAUGUGCCAUAGUUGGCUACACGAACAAGUCCUUCAAGUUUGGUGCAUUCAACCCUGAAGGCUAUAGAAGCACAGAUGAUUACUAUGACAGUUUUGAUCCAUUCCUAUUCUACUGGGCAGAUAAUGAGAAAACUGAUGACCCAAUUGUUCUGCCUAAAGUAGGAGGCAGUGGUGCAGCCCUUUUUGAUUAUGCUCGGGGUGGGCCACAAUUUGGGGCCGAUGGGCUGCUCAUUGGCCCACCUCUAGCGCCGGUUAUGGGUGGGUUUGCUGGCCCGGAUACUAAUUCCGGUAUUGGUGAUUUAAGGCAAGCCAAAUCUAGACUAGGAUUGUCAUAUGCAAAGAGAAAAGAUGGAAAGGAGUCACUUUUUGGGGAUGAGAAUAGAGCAACCCUUGAAGAAGUAGAAGUCUAUUGUAGUCCACAAAUUGCAAGCUUGUACUAAACCGACACUCAAUAGUUGCAUCAUAUAUAAACCAUUUUAAUUCAUCACAAAUUGUGCAGAUGAGACUGUUUCUGAUGCAGCUACUUCCUCAUUUUCAUUUUCAACCAACAUAAGGGAGUCUUCUCUUUAUUCCUUUGCUUGGCAAAGGAGAAGUA